AUGGGUUCAGAUGGUUUAUGGAGGUUAUAUUCUUAUAGUUCGAAUCAGAAUGGUAAUUGGACAAUUGAGUGGUCUGCACCAGAUGAUAGGUGUAGUAUUAAAGGCAUGUGCGGCAUUAAUGGGUUUUUUGUUCUCAUGGAUCAAGAGCCUUCUUGCACUUGUCCUCCUGGUUUUGUAUACAUUAAUCAGGGGCAAAAGAAUUUGGGCUGCAACAAGAAUUUCAGUACAGAGAGUUGUGUUUUCAAGUAUGGAAACAUAAAUUAUACAAUUUAUGAAUUGGAUAAUACCAUGUGGGAGGACAGUGUAUACUUUACUUAUCUGUCCAUGACCAAAGAAGAUUGUAAACAGGCCUGUUUAGAUGACUGCAGCUGCGAACCCACGACAUUUCAAAACCAAGAGUGCAGAACACAAAAACUUCCAUUGAGAUUUGGGAAGAGAAAAGUAGAUGACUCCACUGGAACUCUUGUAAAAGUAGGCACUAGGGGAUCGACCGGCAGGAAUGAAACUCCUACUGUGACUAAUCGGGUUCCUAAAUCAAGCAAGAAAGGACAGAGAAUGGAUAUUCUAAUUAUUGCAACCAGUGGCUUUAAAGAAAUAUUGGGCCAAGGAGCUUUUGGAACAAUUUUUAAAGGGGUGUUAUCAGAUAGGCAAAAGGCAAUUGCUGUCAAGAGAUUGGAGAAGGUGGUAGCUGAAGAAGACAUAGAAUUCCGUAAUGAGAUGAGAGCUAUUGGGAGAACCAAUCACAGGAAUUUAGUCCGGUUGCUUGGCUACUGCCAUGAAGGAUCCAAUAGGCUUUUGGUGUACAAGUACAUGAGCAACAGUUCAUUGGCAAACUUUCUUUUCAAAUCUGAAGUACAACCAAAUUGGGAUCGAAGAAUUCAGAAUGCUCUUGACAUGGCUAAAGGCAUCUUAUAUCUGCACGAGGAGUGCAAUAGACAGAUCGUUCAUUGUGACAUAAAUCCCAAAAACAUACUCAUGGUUGAGCAUUGCAGAGUAAAAAUUGCAGACUUUGGAUUGGCAAAGUUACUAAUGCCGGAGCAAACCAGGACAUUCACCGGCAGCUUCAAAGGAACAAGGGGAUAUGUUGCCCCUGAGUACUAUGGGAUUGUGUUCUUGGAGAUCAUAUGUUGUCGCAAGUGUGUUGAUAUAAAUUUUGCACAGAAUGAGGCAGUCCUCGCUGACUGGGUGUACACCUGUUUCAAGGAAAAUGAGUUGAGAAAGCUAGUUCGUGAGGAAGAGGUGGACGAGCAACAAUUGGAGAGGAUGGUCAGGAUUGGACUUUGGUGCAUCCACGAUGAGCCGUCGCUCCGCCCCUCAAUGAAGAAGGUCGUAUUGAUGUUAUAA